AUGUUGGGAGGUAUGAAAUAUAGCGUUAUAGGUGGCACUAAUGUGAUUCUGAUUGGCUGUUAGCCUGCAGAAGUUUCUGUUUGGAGUUAAACUGUGUCUCUGUGCUUCCAAAAUUUGCCUCCAAGCCAAACUUGAGGCCACUGGGAGCAAGCCACUGGUUGGGGAUAACGGCUCUAGGCAAAUUACAAAAUAUACAUGCAUCUUGCAUCAUUUAGAUACCUGUCUGAUUGUGUAUGGCCACCAUAGGAUCUUAUGCUUCUAUUGCAAAAACUGAGGCCAGAAAAGCAGCUAGCACUAUUUUGAACAUAUUAUGCUCCACUCGUUAUUUUUUCCACAUCAGUAAUAACAUCUUUGAGAAAUACAGUGAAACACUACUCACCUCACUCCUCCCACACACUCCUCUCUGAUGACAUGUGGGGUUUUCCUGGGUAUUUUUCACCUUGUCCCCAAUGUGUUUUUGAUUUUUUUAGCUGACAUUUAUAACAUGUUUCUGUCAUGUGACUUCCAACUCCGGUCCCCAGACACCAAAACCACGCGGAAAGGUGACAGGGAGAGGUGGCUGCGUCAUGGGUGAGAACCUUGCGAGAGAAGAACCAGAGGAAGAAACGUAAAAUAGACGUGAAGACUGCAAAGGAAGUACAAGUUCACACAAAAGGGGCAGCAACUGACAAAGGCUCCGAUUCCCCUGAGAAACAGGAAAAGAAACCAAGUGCAGAGAAAAAGUUUGACGGACAAAGCAGCCUCAAGAGGCUAGGGGGGACAUGCAACAAGAGCCUGAUAGAAAUGAGCAGGGCUACUGCAGCUCUCCCCCUUCUAGCAACAAACAGGAUUCUUCAGACGACACAAAGAAAAUUCAGAGAAGAGAGAAAAAUAGGAUUGCAGCACAGAAAAGCCGCCAGCGGCAGACACAGAAAGCAGACUCUUUACACAUUGAGAGUGAGAAUUUGGAACGCCUGAACUCGGCACUACGUGGAGAAAUCAGUGGCCUGCGAGAGGAACUCAAAUACCUCACAUGUGUUCUAAGUACCCAUCAACCUGUUUGUGUCCUUGGCCCAACAAAGCCUCAAGCAAUCCUCCCACAUGUAGGAUCGACCCGCUACCAGCACUAAAGGGGACAGGGACAAUGAUACUGCACAGUACAGUAGCAUACUGCGAUCAAGAACUGUGACAUGUUUAAUAUGCUCUUGGGCUUAUCAUUACAUGUUGGGUUUUAAGGUGAAAAUGAAAAGUUUGAUCUCUAGAGGUGAUAGAAUGUGCAAGUGCAUGUGUUACUUCUGUUGUAAAAUACAUAAAUAUGCUAAAACACACAUAUAUAUAUCUUGUGUUGGGCAAUGACAGUGGUACCCUUUCAAAUUAGCCAUUACACAGAGUUUAAUAGUAUAAACACCCAAUUAAAACUGUGGCCUGGGUGUUUAAGGCCCAAACCACUCGCUUAUAAAAUGGACAGUUCCAACAAUAUCAAGCAGUGACUUCUUUUAGUCUGUUAAACAGGUUGGAACUCACCAGAAGAUGUUGGUGGCACAGGUGCAGCAACCCUGAGCCUGUAGCAAGGGGAGAAAUACAAAACACCAAAAACUUACAGGUUUGCUUUCUAACAGAACGCUGACCUGGUACACACAUACUAUAAGAAAUAUGCAUAAGAUGUAUAGAUAUCAUAGAAAAUGCUAAAUAUGUGGCAGUAAUCCAUAGCAACCAAUUAGUGAUUAGCUAUUUUGAACCAGAUGCAAGUAGAACAUUGGAAUCAAAGAACUGAUUGGUUGCCAUGGGUAACUGCCCAGAUAAAAUUUGCCCAGUGUUUAUAAAUGACCCCGGGUGUAUACAUAUAUAAUAUGUAGGUUUGUAUUCAAGCCUUUAUAUUUAAGUAUUUUAUUUUCUUGUGGAACUCGCUCAGGCGUUUUCCUUAAAGGAGAAGGAAAGGCUAGU